AAUUUAAAUACCCAACAAACACUUCACAUUACAAUAUUACUCUCUCACUCACUCACUCACCCUUUCUUUAUCCAUCUCUUUUCUUUUCUUCCUCACUAACUUUUUUCACAGGGUUUCCAUUUAUAGUCUCUGUGUGUUUCUCUGAUGGAUUUCUAUAGGAAUAUGUCAGUAGUUACAGGUGGUGGUGGUGGUGAAAAUGGCGGGUUUCCAUCUUCAGACUUCCAACCAGAACAGUUUGUUGUUUCUCCAUCCUCAACUACUUACUCUUCUAAGCUUGGGGUUGUCUCAUCUUCUUCAUGUUGUUCUGUUGAUGACCUUUUCUCCACUCAAAAUAUGGAGCAGGAAGCAGGUGAUGUAAACAUAGAAUGGCUAUCAAACUUAGUUGAAGAUUGUUUAUCCAACACUGGGAAUUGCAUUAAUCAGCCUUUACCAACAAAUGACCACCAGCCAUUGAAUGUCAAAAAACAUUACUCGUCAGUAUCAUUAGCAGAUAAUCAACAUCAUUCAACAGCACCAACAGCCCCAUCUCUACAAAAUUUUCUGAGUAUUCCAACUGGAAAUUCCACAACCAAAAGAAGAAGAACCGCCAAAUUACCAAGAAAGCCAUUCAGCAGCAAUAGUAGUAUUAGAAGUAGCACUAGUGGUAAGAUUAAUAGUAGAAAUAGUAGUUGGUCAUCUCAUCAUCAAGGAGCAAAAGACCCACAAAACCAGAACCCUAACCACCACCAUGUGGUUAUGACUUCAGAGUACAUGACUCCACUACUAGUACACCAAGCUUAUUGGUUAGCUGAUAGUGAACUCAUUAAUGUACCCCAAAAUGAGAGCACCAAUAAUAAUAGCACUAGUACUACUACUUUCACUACAACCACAACCACUAUUGAUGAAGAUGAUGAGCAAGAAGAAAUUAUGAUGAAAAUGGAAGAAGAAGAAGAAGAAGAAGAAGAAGAAGAAGAAGAAGAAGAAGAAGAAGAAGAAGAAGAAGAGGAGGAGGGUAGAAGGAAGGACAGCUUGGGAAAUCUAGGACAACCAAGGAGAUGUACACAUUGUCUUUCACAAAGGACCCCACAGUGGAGAGCAGGACCAUUGGGUCCAAAAACACUGUGUAAUGCAUGUGGAGUUAGGUUUAAGUCAGGGAGGUUGUUGCCGGAGUAUAGACCAGCUAAAAGUCCUACUUUUGUGAGCUAUAAGCAUUCCAAUUCUCAUAAGAAAGUUCUGGAGAUGAGAAUGUCCAUUCUUCCUUCUUCUAUUCAUUCUGAAUAAAGAUGUUUGAAAUUUUUUGAGACAGAAAAAAAAAUUGGUAGUGCAGUUUUUCAGUUCUUUGCUUUUUAGUUUUUGUCUAUGUAGUAGUAGUGAUUCUGCUUUUACCCUUUUUUCUUCUUUUUCUUUCUACUGAUUAUGUCCCAUAUCCUCUUGGAUUGGCCAUUGCCAACAUUUAUGUACGUUGUUAUUUGCUUUGUAGAAAACACGAUUUGACGAUUUAAAGGUAUCAA